AUGUCGUUAGAAUUGAUGACGUCAGAAAUGUAUCUUUGGAUUGUGGUGACACUUUGGCCUGUUGUCAACCAAUCGUUUACAGGUUUUGAAAAUGAGCAAAUUAAGGCUCCACAAGAAGAGAUGUCACUUUGGACAAAAUCUCAGCAAUUGACCGGUGAUGCACUUCAACAAGUACGAUCACUCUAUGGAGAACAUUUUCCAAUCGAAGUCCGGCAUUUUCUUGCCGGUUGGCUGGAGGCUAAAAUGUGGAACGAAGUGGAUCCGGACAACCCUCAACACGACCAAUACGUAUCCGGUCUUGUCAACGCACUAAUUAACGAAUUGGAAAUGAAGGCAAACACUCUAACGUCCGAAGAUAUGUUUUUGACUAAAUUGAAACUCAUCGAAACUGCUUCUAACUUCAGGACAAGGUACAGUCAAAAUCCUCACAGUUUACUCAGACUAAUUCGUCAUUGUUUGGAUAAAGAAAUGAAAUUGGUGCAACAAAGCGAGAGUGGAGUAGCUGGUAACAUGAACAUGUCAGCUAUGCCUGACGUAAUGUCUGAAUUAGCUCAACAAUUGGAGUUUUUGAGAAGACGAACUCACGAUACGGCUGAAGAUCUCAGGAAAAUGGAACAGGAUCAGGAAGCAUUCGCUCUUCAUUAUCACGAAUGCACAAAAAUAAAUGCGCAUCUUCAACAUCUUCAAACCCAAGGACAAAAUCCACAGAAUAUCGAAUUGGAAAAAAAAUUAAAAAGACAAAAGGAUAACAUGGAACAAAUGCUCAAUCAAAAAGUUAGCGCCAUGGUUCAGUUGAGAAUGUCUUUGGUCGAUAAACUGAAAGAAACCAUUUCACACUUGACAGCAUUGCAAAGUCGAAUACUCGAUAGUGAAUUAAUUAGAUGGAAAAGAGAACAACAACUUGCUGGAAACGGAGCUCAUUUUAACAGUAAUUUAGACAGCAUACAAGAAUGGUGUGAGAACUUGGCUGAAAUAAUUUGGCUCAACAGACAGCAAAUCAAAGAAGCAGAAAGGCUCAAACAAAAAUUAUCUCUUGAUCCACCUGGUUUAGUCGAUGUUUUACCGAACCUUAAUAAUUUGGUGACUCAACUCCUUUCCACACUGGUAACCAGCACGUUUAUAAUUGAAAAACAACCACCUCAAGUUAUGAAAACCAAUACUCGAUUUACUUCCACCGUAAGACUCCUCGUCGGUGGCAAACUUAACGUUCAUAUGACUCCUCCUCAAGUCAAAGUCACAAUUAUAAGUGAAGCUCAGGCCAACGUAUUGCUUAAAAAUGACAAAAUGGUUAAAAAUGAAGCGAGCGGAGAAAUUUUAAACAACACGGGAACCAUGGAAUACCAUCAAGCUACCCGACAACUUUCUGUCUCGUUCAGAAAUAUGCAACUUAAAAAAAUUAAAAGGGCAGAAAAAAAAGGAACAGAAUCUGUCAUGGACGAAAAGUUUUCUUUGUUCUUCCAAUCUCAAUUCUCAGUUGGUGGUGGAGAAUUAGUAUUUCAGGUUUGGACUUUAUCAUUGCCUGUUGUUGUCAUCGUUCACGGCAAUCAAGAACCUCACGCGUGGGCCACGGUCACAUGGGAUAACGCUUUUGCAGAACCUGGAAGAGUGCCAUUUGCCGUUCCAGACAAAGUUCCCUGGUCUCAGGUUGCCGAAGCGCUUAACGUGAAAUUUAAAGCGGCCACUGGAAGGAGUUUAACCGAGGAUAAUUUGAAAUUUUUGGGAGAAAAAGCUUUUAGGAGUACUCAGCCUGGAGACUACGGACCUUUGCUGUUGUCGUGGUCACAAUUUUGCAAAGAACCUUUGCCAGAAAGAAAUUUUACAUUUUGGGAAUGGUUUUACGCCGUUAUGAAAUUAACAAGAGAACAUUUGCGUGGUCCUUGGAUCGACGGUGCCAUUAUCGGAUUUAUACGGAAAAAGCAAGCAGAAGAAAUGUUGAUGGCCUGUCCCCAGGGCACGUUUUUACUACGAUUUUCAGAUUCCGAACUUGGUGGGGUAACCAUCGCUUGCGUUGGCACAGGACCAGGAGGCAAGGAUAUAAAUUUCAAUUUUAAACAAAAAGAAAUAUACAUGCUUCAACCAUUUACGAGCAAAGACUUUGCGAUUCGUAGUUUGGCCGACCGAAUCUCUGAUCUUUCUCAAUUCGUCUACCUUUAUCCCGAUAUACGAAAAGAUGUGGCAUUCAGUAAAUAUUACACUCCGUUCACAGAAAACCAACCAAAUUUAAUAAACGGAUAUGUUAAGCCGUUACUCGUUACUCACGUACCAGGAUGGGGCCCGUCCCUAGGUUGUAAUCCAGGAACUCCACAAACAAUGUUUCAACCGCAGUCGCCGGACACGAGGGAUACUCCAUCGGUUGCGGGCUCCGUUAAUAGGUGA